AUGGCCAAAAAGAAGCAAAAAAAGGCAGCAGAAUGCCAAACGCCUCCUGACGAUGGCGUUACGGUAGAUAUCGACCCUGAGGCGUCCCCUUACACAAGCUCGAGCUGCAUAAUUUAUUUCAAAAACCAACAACCGUUCACGAUACAUCGCGACCUUAUCCGUGCGAGUCCUGAGCUUGAAAAGCUUCGUGGUAACUUCAAUGAGAUCUGCAUCAAGGAUGUACCGGAGGAAGCAGGCCAUGUUCUCGUCCACUAUCUUUAUACUGGCACUUGGCAAACCCUCCACGAGAACCAUUCACAACACGACUCCGAGACGUCAGUCCACUUUGAAACCAGUGUACAUGUCUACUCUGCUGCCCGAGCCUACAGUCUACCGGGUUUAGCAGAACUGGCCAAGGAAAACAUCUGUCAGUCUGCAGAUGUGUUACCCGCGCUGGACGUCAUCGUCUUGGCUGCCGAUGCAUGCGAACUUCUCCCAGACGAUGAUUCGUGGUUCUUGGCCUUUAUCAAGUUGCGUGUCGGACAACUGUUCAAGGAGCCAGCCUCCUUGGACCAAUCGGUCUUUCUGGGAUGCUUUUGCGUCAACACCCCAUACUCGAAGGUUCUGGCCGAGACCCUGUUUCUAAUCUGCUGCGAGAACUCACUUUCUCUACAGUCUGCCGAGUCUCGUGACCUGUCUCGGCCGGAACCAUCGACUGUUUCAGAAAAUGAUGCGACACCCUCAACCGAUGCUUCACACACAACACAGCAUUUAGCUUCAGAGCCUAGCCCAGAGCCCGCACCAGAGUUUGAAACGGAGCCAUCGGUGGAGGUUGUGGCCGAGCCUGAGCCGGUAGCCUGGGCGGACGUCGUGGCAGAGCCUGAACCAACAGCGGAGGUUGCGGCCGAGCCUGAGCCGGAGGCUUGUGUGGAAUCCAUACCAGGGCUCGAGCCCGAACCCGAACCGGCGGCGGAGAUAGAAGACAAUGGGUGGUCAUGGCCUCCGAAGGUCAAGAAGAAGGGGAAGAAAGGGAAGAAGGUUGAAAGCCAGGAGACUUUUUGCUUCUGGAAGGAAACGCAUCUUGUAGAUGGCGGAUGGGAGGAUUGUUCCAGCUGUCGGCAGUACGUUGGCAAAUUCGUGUCAUCCUAUCAUCAGUCGAAAGCAAGUAGUUGA